CCGAGAAUUGUGAACUGCGUGUUCUCAGAAGAGUUCUUCCAAGAACUGUCUUCGCUGGACACUUCCAAGAAAACUAUACCAGGUAGUCAACAUGUCAAGUGCAGCAGACGGCUGCAUCACAUUCACUCGGCAUGCCGGUGAUGUGCUGUUCAACUUCAACCGCCUGCGCAGCAGAAACAUCCUGACCGAUGUCACCAUUCUGGUUUGUGGGCAACAGUUUCGGGCACACAAGACGGUUCUGAUGGCAUGCAGCGGCCUCUUUUAUUCAAUGUUUGCAGAGACUCAUAAAAACGACCUAAGCGUGAUCAGUUUAGAUCCCAAUGUGGACCCCAAUGGCUUCGACAUACUGCUGGAGUUUAUGUACACGUCUUGCCUCACCCUUGAAGAAAACUUCAUUAUAGCCACCCUCAACACAGCCACAUACCUGCAGAUGGACCAUGUGAUGGACACUUGCCAGAGGUUCAUGGAGUCUAGGGGCUUGUGUGUAAAGCAGACCAGAGCGGAUUUGCAACGCUGUGUAACUCCAGAAGCUCCAUUUCUCCCAAGCAACGCCCUGAACAUGUCUUCAAGUGUGACCAUGAGCCUUUACGGUCCUCCCAGCCUGCACUACGCAGUCAGCACUUCAACCGAAAGCCCUACUCGCUUCUAUAGACAUCUUCCUGUCCCCCUGGAGACCUUCAGUACUACAAACCCCCUUUGGCAGAUACCAAAGAGCGGCAUAAUAGCCCGUCAACAGCACACCAUGAUGGACAACGGAGUCACGGCCAAGACUGCUGGCGGAGCCACGGAGUCCAGAAAAGAGCGGAACCGUCCAUCAGUGCUUUUCCAUUCAGCUCGGGCUGAGGGAGACAGGAGGAGAGCUUCUGGCGUAAAUUCGGGGAUGGAGAACAUUGAACUGUCACACACCAGUGGUCCUCAGAGCCCUCUUAGAUCAGACUGCCAACCGAACUCUCCGGCAGAGUCCAGCAGCUGUAGUCGAGGGGCAGUUUCUCCUCAGAACUCUGUCAGUGACCCUGCAAAGGUCCGCAACUGGAAGAAGUACAAGUUCAUUGUACUUAACUCCACGGAUGGAAUGACUGGUCAUGGCUUGCAAACUCCAUCUCAUACAGUAACAGAGGGUACCAAUAAGAGCGGUGAAGAUGCAACCAGAAGUCAGUGCAAUAUAAGCAGCAGGUCUACAGAUGAACGCAUUCAAAAAGAGGAACGUGGAUCUCCAAGUACUUUGACAGAAGAGGGGGAUACAAAAUUAGAAAGCGGCAGACUCUUCUGUAAUGAAUGUGAUUCUAAAAGCGAAUCUGAUUCAGAGAAGCCUCAGUGGCUACAGGACGGCAAGCCAUACAAAUGUGACCGCUGCCAGGCCAUGUUUCGCUACAAAGGAAACCUGGCUAGCCACAAGUCUGUCCAUACAGGGGAGAAACCAUACCGUUGCAAUGUGUGUGGAGCUCAGUUCAACAGACCUGCGAAUCUUAAGACCCACUCUCGUAUACACUCAGGAGAAAAACCAUACAAAUGCGAAACCUGCAGCUCUCGCUUCGUCCAGGUGGCUCAUCUGAGGGCUCACGUACUGAUCCACACUGGAGAAAAGCCGUACCCAUGUGACGUCUGUGGCACACGCUUCCGCCACCUUCAGACGCUCAAGAGUCACCUACGAAUACACACGGGAGAGAAACCUUAUCAUUGUGAGAAUUGUGACCUGCACUUCCGUCACAAGAGCCAGCUGCGAUUGCAUCUGCGGCAGAAACAUGGAGCCGUCACCAACACCAAAGUCCAGUAUCGCAGAACCAGAGCAGACCUGCCGCCCAGCUCCUCCUAAGAACAACUGUAAAAACCAUUUGAAGAAUUUUGUUUAAGCUAUCCUGAAAGGUACAUGUCAGACCUGUGGUCUAUUAUUGGUACACAAAACAAGUCAUGAAAUAAUACAGAUGCCUGAAUAAAUCUCUGUGAUGUCGCUAUGUUUACCCAUACAGUGCAGUUGUAAAUUGUAUCUUAAAUAUGCAGGACUAUUUCACCUGUAUGUUAUGUACUUUAUGUACUUUUCAUCCACUCUGCAGAAGAAUGACGCAUGAUUUCACACAGAUAUAGUGGUUUUGCAUUUUAUUAGCAACGUAAACACUGACUUUAAAGUAUUGUAAACUGAAUUCUUGUUUAUACAGAUUGCAGUGUCCUAUUAAAACAGUAUUGGACAAUAUCUAAAAUAUACAAAUACAGUAUAUCUCUAUUAUUUAUUUUUGUUUUCAAAGAGUGCUAUUUCACUCCUUUUCAGGCAAACUGCACUGUAUAUAGUAUACAAAGUGUAAUAUUGGUAUAAAGCAUCAUUAUGCAGUUGCUGUGUAAAUAUUUAAUCAAACCUCUGCUUUGAAAAAACGUUAUAUGUGGUAUGAUUGAAGAAGCGCUACACUGUUAAACAAAUAUAUUGUAUUUAGACACGUUUGAUAUUGUACAGCAGUUUUGGUACUAGAGGGGCAAAGUCCUUACAAUUAAAGAUUUGAUACCGAACAAAGAUGUCUUUUUUUAUUUAUUUUAAAAGAAUAUUAAUUCACUAACUUGGCCAACCAGUGAGUUAAUGAAUGACAUUGGAAUGACUUACUGUUUACACCACAACAUCGAACUGAACUAUUUUUUUAGAUGACCAUAUUAUAGCAACAAAACACAGCCAUCCAAUCAGUACAACAUUUUACCUUCUUGUGAAUUACAAAUUAUUUUUUGGCCUUUUCGCCAUUAUUCAUAGGGAACAGAGUGCAGACAGGAAAGCAGGGCUUGAAUCAAGACUUCACCCAGAACCCAAAAGUCACAUUACUAAUCGUAAUGAAAUUUUUAUUGUUGUUAUAUUAUUAGUUAUUGUAAUAAUAAAUGAAUUGCUGCAUCGACUAUCUGAAAGAGCAAUUGUUGCAAACCAAAUAAUUUUAGGUUUUUCAUACUACAAAGUACAAACUUUUAAAGUCAAUAUUUGAAUUGCUAAAAUUAUAGAUUUACAUGUUUGUACUUUUUUUUAACUCUUCCAAUAUGUUUGCACUCAUUGAUGUUAAUAGGAUAUGUCUCCACUAGAUGGCGGAAGUUUGCCAUAUUGCUUUCUUUUUUAACCUCAUUAGUUGCACUUAAAGGGAUAGGCACCAAAACUAAAAAUAAUUUGAUAAUUUACUCAACUUUAUGUCAUUCCAAGCUGUUUGACCUUCCUUCUGCAGAACACAAAAGAAGAUAUUUUGAAGAACGUUCAUAACCAAACAACUUUGGCCACCAUUGACACAAAACCACCGAGUUGAGACAUUUCUCAAAACACUUAAUUUGUGUUUCACAGAAAAAAAGCAUACGUUUUGAAUAAAAAAAUAUCUUGGUUAAAUGUGUAAUUUUGUAACACAAAUAUGCAAUUACUGAUUUAAAGUAUACUGUUCGCUGUACUGUUGUGCAACCUAAAAUGCACUGCACACAUGUAACUAUGAUUGAAUAUGUUCUCC